CCUGGCCCAAGGCUUUCUUCUCCUCACAGGCUCACGACACGAGUCACACUUCCCGCUCACGCCCAGCAAUCAGUGAUCCCUCGCGCGAUCACAUCAAAACCUGACUUUUACUUUGGUUGAAGUCCCCUUACCUUUCCUCAUUUGGCACUCUCUCCCAUUACUCAGCUCCUUGUGAGCUGUGAGGAGGUGCAUACAAUCUCCGUAAGGGGCUAUACCUCAGUCACAUUUGUUGGUUGCCGAUCACCUCUGCAACCAUGUCGCACUCCGUCGCGAUCCGCAGUGCGCCCGUCGAGGCUGCUCUGCUCGAGUCCGUCGCGGCUCGUUCCGCCGCCUCUCCUCAGCGGCGAGUGCGGUUGGCCGGUCUCAAGACCUUCCGCAGAGGACAUCUCGGUCAGAGCAUCGCGGCGACAGCUCUAGGAACAUCUGCCGCGGGGCUACAAUCUAAGCGGAAGACUAAUGGCCGAUCCGCAGUGCGCGCCGCGGUCGCCGUUGAAGCUCCUGCUGAUCCUGUGGCAGGCGGCGGAGAGGCGGUAACUCGCACCGACAUUCGCAACAUCGCCAUCAUCGCGCACGUCGACCACGGCAAGACGACGCUCGUCGACGCCAUGCUGCGACAAGCCAAGGUGUUCCGCGACAACCAGCAGAUGCAGGAGCGCAUCAUGGACAGCAACGACCUGGAGCGCGAGCGCGGCAUCACGAUUCUGAGCAAGAACACGGCUAUCCGGUUCCGCGGCACCAAGAUCAACAUCAUCGACACGCCCGGCCACUCCGACUUCGGCGGGGAAGUCGAACGCGUGCUUAACAUGGUCGACGGCGUGCUGCUGCUGGUCGACUCCGUCGAAGGCCCCAUGCCUCAGACCCGUUUCGUUCUGAAGAAGGCUCUGGAGCUGGGCCACCGCGUGGUGGUCGUAGUAAACAAAGUGGACCGCCCGGCGGCGCGCGUGCAGCACGUGAUCAACUCGACGUUCGAGCUGUUCUGCGAGCUGGAGGCCACGGACGACCAGUGCGACUUCACCACGGUGUACGCCAGCGGCAUUCAGGGCAAGGCCGGCAUGGAGCCCGACAAUCUUGCUGAUGAUCUUGAGCCGCUCUUUGAGAGCAUUAUUAAGUGCGUUCCCGGGCCGAGGGUGCAGCCGAGCGCGGCACUUCAGAUGCUGGUUACCAACCUGGAUUACGACGAGCACAAGGGGCGGAUUGCGAUUGGCCGCGUGCACGCGGGAAAGAUUGCCAGAGGCCAGGUGGCGAAGAUCUGCACGCCCGAUGGUAACUGCCGCGUGGCGAAGGUCGUCGAGCUGUUUGUGUACGAUAACUUCGCGCGUGUGCCGGUUGAUGACGUGGAGGCGGGGGAUAUCUGCGCGCUCUCUGGGCUGCCGGACGUGCAGAUCGGCGAGACGAUCGCGGAUCGCGACGGCGACGCGCUGCCGACGAUCUCGGUGGAGGAACCGACGGUCAAGAUGAGCUUUUCGGUGAACGUGUCGCCGUUCGCGGGGCGCGAGGGCAAGUUCGUGACGUCGCGGAACCUGAGGGACCGGCUGAUGCGCGAGCUGGAGAGGAACCUGGCGAUGAAGGUGGAGGACGGCGAGAGCGCCGAUACGUUCCUGGUCAGCGGACGCGGGACGCUCCACAUCACCAUCCUGAUUGAAAACAUGAGGAGGGAGGGGUACGAGUUCAUGGUGGGCCCGCCCCGGGUGAUCAACAAGGAGGAGAACGGCAAGACGCUGGAGCCGUACGAGGAAGCGGUGGUGGAGGUGCCAGAGGAGUAUGUGGGGGCGGUUGUGGACAUGCUUGGCACACGCAAGGGGCAAAUGCUCGACCUGCAGGCCUCCAGCUCUGGGACAACUGUGGUGAAGUACCGUGUGCCGACCCGCGGGCUGCUGGGGCUGCGCAAUGCCAUGCUGACGGCCACGCGUGGCACGGCGGUGAUCAACACCAUCUUCGACAGCUACGGGCAGUGGGCCGGCGACAUGAGCACGCGCGAGCAGGGCUCCCUGGUGUCUUUCGACAUGGGCCCAACCACGUCCUAUGCGCUCUUCAGCUGCCAGGAGAGAGGGCAGCUGCUGCUGGGGCCGGGCGUGGAGGUGUACAAGGGGCAGAUCAUCGGCCUGCACCAGCGGCCUGGGGACCUGGACCUGAACGCCUGCAAGAGGAAAGCCGCCACCAACGUGCGAUCCAACAAGGAUGCCACAGUGGUGUUGGCGGCGCCCCUUGAGUUCAGCUUAGAUGACUGUGUGGAGUACAUUCAAGAGGAUGAGCUAGUGGAGGUGACGCCCCUAUCAGUGCGCAUGUUAAAGAAUCCCAGGAUGGGAAAGAAGGGCAAGAAGUGAUCCGUCUGCUGUAACUUCCUUUACAUUGUUUACGUUUCUUUUGAUAAUAUAUUGCUAGUUUCCAAAAGCCUCAUACAGAGGAACGAGAUAGAAGCAAACUGGUAGGUUGGUGAAGUGAUCUUGAGUCUGAGGUAGGAGGGGGUUUCGAUAGAAAGCGCUAAACCGAAACUGGUGAACUCGAAAUCGAGGAUGCAUGUCGGGACCAUCUCAUCCCUCGCAAAUUGUCUCCUAGAAAAUGACGAGGGAGCAGCUGAUACAGUUUGAUGGAAAGUUAUGCAGUAGAGAGUUCAUUCUGCCAUGCUUGGAUUUCAUGCCAAACAAUCUGGCAUCCUUCGGGUCAAUCUCCCUCGCACGCGACGAAUUCACGAGCCACAAGGUAGCAUGCGUCGAUGCGUGGCGCCAAGCGACCAAGUGCCGCGCUGUAUCCUCGUCAGCACCUGUCGGCGAGGCGUCGAUGGCAUCACAGCGAUGAGCAUUGACGACAGAUUUUCUCGGAAGAAUGACCUGAAGCCUACGAUAGACGGAGGCGGAGCUACGGGAUGGACG